GCCGCCAUUUUCUUUCUUUCUUAGCAGUUGGCUGAGAGAAGGUCUCUGAGGAGAAGCGGUAGCGGCCACUGUAGUGUAGACAUGGCAGACUAUUCAACGGUGCCUCCACCCUCCUCUGGCUCAGCUGGUGGUGGAGGCGGUGGCGGUGGCGGUGGAGGAGUUAACGAUGCUUUCAAAGAUGCGCUGCAGAGAGCCCGGCAGAUUGCAGCAAAAAUUGGAGGUGAUGCUGGUACAUCACUGAAUUCAAAUGACUAUGGUUAUGGGGGACAAAAAAGACCUUUGGAAGAUGGAGAUGGCUCUUGGACAAGUCCGAGCAGUACAACACACUGGGAGGGAAUGCCCUCUCCUUUUAAAGAUCAACCAGAUGCUAAGAAAGUUGCUCCUCAGAAUGACUCUUUUGGAACACAGUUACCACCGAUGCAUCAGCAGCAAAGGUCCGUAAUGACAGAAGAAUACAAAGUUCCAGAUGGAAUGGUUGGAUUUAUAAUUGGCAGAGGAGGAGAACAGAUCUCACGCAUACAGCAGGAAUCUGGAUGCAAAAUACAGAUAGCUCCUGACAGUGGUGGCCUUCCAGAAAGGUCUUGUAUGUUAACUGGAACACCUGAAUCUGUCCAAUCAGCAAAACGGUUACUGGACCAGAUUGUUGAAAAGGGAAGACCUGCCCCUGGCUUCCAUCAUGGUGAUGGACCAGGAAAUGCAGUUCAAGAAAUCAUGAUUCCGGCUAGCAAGGCAGGAUUAGUUAUUGGAAAGGGAGGAGAGACUAUUAAACAACUUCAGGAGCGGGCUGGAGUUAAAAUGGUUAUGAUUCAAGAUGGACCUCAGAACACUGGUGCUGACAAACCUCUUAGGAUUACAGGAGACCCAUACAAAGUUCAACAAGCCAAGGAAAUGGUGUUAGAGUUAAUUCGUGAUCAAGGUGGUUUCAGAGAAGUUCGAAAUGAGUAUGGGUCAAGAAUAGGAGGAAAUGAAGGAAUAGAUGUCCCCAUUCCAAGAUUUGCUGUUGGCAUUGUAAUAGGAAGAAAUGGAGAGAUGAUUAAAAAAAUACAGAAUGAUGCUGGUGUUCGAAUUCAAUUUAAACCAGAUGAUGGAACAACACCUGAUAGAAUAGCACAAAUAACAGGACCUCCAGACCGAUGUCAACAUGCUGCAGAAAUUAUUACAGACCUUCUUCGAAGUGUUCAGGCCGGUAAUCCUGGGGGGCCUGGACCUGGUGGUCGAGGAAGAGGUAGAGGUCAAGGCAAUUGGAACAUGGGACCACCUGGUGGACUACAGGAAUUUAAUUUCAUUGUACCAACUGGGAAAACUGGAUUAAUAAUAGGAAAAGGAGGUGAAACCAUAAAAAGCAUAAGCCAACAGUCUGGUGCAAGAAUAGAACUUCAGAGAAAUCCUCCACCUAAUGCAGAUCCUAAUAUGAAGUUAUUUACGAUUCGUGGCACUCCACAGCAAAUAGACUAUGCUCGGCAACUCAUAGAAGAAAAGAUUGGUGGCCCAGUAAAUCCUUUAGGGCCGCCUGUACCCCAUGGGCCCCAUGGUGUCCCAGGCCCCCAUGGGCCUCCGGGGCCUCCAGGGCCUGGAACUCCAAUGGGACCAUACAACCCUGCACCUUAUAACCCAGGACCACCUGGCCCUGCUCCUCAUGGUCCUCCAGCCCCUUAUGCUCCCCAGGGGUGGGGAAAUGCAUAUCCACACUGGCAGCAACAGGCCCCUCCUGAUCCAGCUAAGGCAGGAACGGACCCAAAUUCAGCCGCUUGGGCUGCUUAUUAUGCUCACUAUUACCAACAGCAAGCACAGCCACCACCUGCAGCUCCUGCCGGUGCACCGACUACAACCCAAACCAAUGGACAAGGAGAUCAGCAGAAUCCAGCUCCAGCUGGACAGGUUGAUUAUACCAAGGCUUGGGAAGAGUACUACAAGAAAAUGGGUCAAGCAGUUCCUGCUCCUACUGGUGCUCCACCAGGUGGUCAGCCAGAUUAUAGUGCAGCCUGGGCUGAGUACUAUAGACAACAAGCAGCCUACUAUGCCCAGACAAGUCCCCAGGGAAUGCCACAGCAUCCUCCAGCACCUCAGUGCCUUCCCAGACCUUCCACCUUAGGUUCUGCUGCAAAAAGCAACAGUGCUGAAGAUGCUGCAAGCACCAAAUCAUAGCUCAUAAAAUCAGGUCCUGAGAUAGUUACCCAUAAAGAGGAAUCCUUUGAGUGUAUGCCAUUGGUGAGCCGAUGAGCAUGGACCGUAGAAGGGCUCAAUGUAGAAGGUAAAAUUGGCAAAUCAUAAUUGAGAAAUAUGAAAUGUAUUCCCAUACAUAAUAUGGUAUAGGGUGUAAUGUACCUGCUUUUUUCAUUUUAAAGUGCUAUUCACUUGAUCUUUAAUGUUCCAUGAACUGUUAAAUUUCAUAAGUUAUGUAGUUACUGCACCACAUUUAUGUGUGUUUAUGUGUGUUUUAAGUCAAUGAUAGGUAUGUUAAGAUUGAUAAUAUAAAAGGAGCUCUUUGAACUUUAAGAGCCUGUCAAGUUUUGGUUAGUUGUAGUUUGCAUUUUUAUAAAAGAAAAUAUAAAUGAAUGCUAAUAGAUAUUGGAGCAUUGUUUCUAUCUCACGAGAAUUUUUUUAUUCAUUACCAUAAGCCUUCACUGAUACUGCAAGCAUUUUUUAAAUGGCGCUAAUCUUAACCUUGAAAUAAAUGGAAAGCAGAAAAGGUGAGCCAGUUGAUUUGAAUGCAAUGGAUGUUAGGAGUGGUAGAAACAAUGUUUAGAUUGAAAUUGAACUGAUUUAUUUUAUUUAGCACUUAAAAAACUUGACAACGUGUUUUGUUUUUUUAAGAUAGUAUGGUGAUACUUGGAAUUCUUAUGGUUUGAUGUUUCUUUUAGAAAUGAGAAGUAUACUUUUAUUUUUAAUUAAUGAAAAUGUUUUUUUAAUACUAAAACUAAUGACUUAAUACUAGUUGUUUAUAAACAUUGUAAAAUAUAUCCUUAGACAAAUACCCUGGUAGUUAAUUCAUAAGAGUGGGUUUGGGUAGGAGUAGCAGAGUACCUUAAGAGAGAAAUAGGAAUAUGUUCAGAAGUGAUAACAUUUCAUUUGUUUGAAUAUUCUGCCAGUUCUACCUGCCAAGUUAUCUUUUGUCUAGAAUAAGGAUGUAGAAAUUACUAAUCAAUGAAGAUCUUAUUUUUAUUUUCUGAAAAUUCUGCCUCAUUUUAAAAUGUAUUUUAACAAUACUUAAAGAUAAUUUUGACUCUGAAAAUAACCUUAUUUUUUGUUUAGUCACUUGAGUUUUCUUGCCACAGUAUAAACUUCUGAGGGAUUUUUUAAAUUGGUGCUUUUAAGAAGCAAAUAAAUCCCAGGGUUUUAUUUUCUUCAGUGAUACCCCUAUAGAAACUCUUAAAUGUAUUUGCGCAUAUAUAUAUAUUUUUUCUUAUGCAUGCUCAAUGCAUUUUCGUCCUGAGAAAAGUGUUCUCUACAGAAACUACCCGUGUGUAAAAAGAAGAUUGGCUUAAAAUGGCUACUGUGAUGGGAACAGUGUCUUAGGGAGAUGCAGCUUGGACUUGAGGUAAAUUGAAUACUUUACAAACUGUGGUUGAGAGUUUGCUUUAAUGACAUUGUAUGUAAAAGGGCACACGAUUGCUGUAAUUUUGUAUUGAUUAUGGUUUCCUCAAUAAAAAAAUAAAUGUACGUUGAUGAUUAUAA